AUGCUCAGUAUAACCUUGCACCAGGGGGUCUCUCCACUCACUUUUACAGGACCAGACCUGGACACAGAUACAAGCACAGAUCAUAUGGAGCCGCUAUUCUCACUCACGGAGGAGGGACAUAUUUGCCAGCGCAGCAGAGAGGAGGAGGAAGACCAGAGUGAAACACAAGCAGAUGAUGAUGAGGCCUCUCUCAAAGAAUGUGCCCAGAAACAGCCAGGCUCCUGUGCUCCUUCGUUCUUCUACAGAGCGGAAAGAGAGCGGCAUCACUUUGUGGGACAGGACAUCUACAUACAAGAAGCACUGGACUCCUUUGCAGCUGUGACAUGGCCUGCGGCACCUGCUCUCUGUGGAUACCUGGAACGUCAGAAUAAAGAGCUGGACCUUGUGGAUAAAGCAGUGCUGGAGAUUGGAUCUGGGACUGGACUCGUGGCCAUUGUGGCAGCUCUUCUUGGGGCUUGGGUGACCGCCACAGACCUCCCGCACACUCUGAGCAACUUGCGAGUGAACCUGUCGAGAAACACAAGAGGGAAAUCCCGACACACUCCGCAGGUGGCCGCUUUGCCCUGGGACGGGAACCUGGAGCGCACCUACCCAACCUCCGUUUACCACUACGACUACGUCCUGGCCUCGGACGUAGUCUACCACCACGACUUCCACAAAGAGCUGCUCCACACGAUGAAGCACUUCUGUCAACCCGGCACCACGCUUCUAUGGGCCAACAAGAUCCGAAUGGUCCAAGAUUCAGACUUUGAGAAAGAGUUCAAAAACACGUUCAGGGCUAAGUUAAUAUUUGAAGAUGCGGAUAUGAAAAUAUAUAUGGCGACGUGCAGACAGGACGGAGAGGAGGAGAAAGAUUCGGGGGAGGAAGAUAAUGUGGAAUCCAUAUUUGAGCGCGAUAAAGAAAAUAACUUGGAAACGCUUGAAUUUGUAGUGGUUCAGGGUGAUGCUGCAUUGACCUGUGAUGGGGUUGAGACAGAGAAUGAUUGCGAUGAAGAUAGUAAAUCAGCACUGGAGCUUCAGAAAGGAAAUGAUACAGAAACAUGUGAGGGAGAGGCGGAAGGUGUAAUAAGUGACACCAGUGAAGAGAGCGAGGAAGAAGAUGAUAAAAACGAUGAUACGGGUGAAGAGCCAACCGACAGAAAGAAUGACACACAAGGGAAAAAUAAAAAUAUUGAGUCAUUUUGCCAGACAGCAAGUAUCCUCAGCAGACUCGGGAAAGACUUGUAUCAUUACGUGGGGACAGAUAUAACUAUUUAUGAGUCCAUUGAUUCCUAUGGAGCUGUGAUGUGGCCAGCGGCUUUAGCUCUUUGCUCAUUCUUGGAAAACAACAGGGAAACAGUGAAUCUCGAGGAUAAGACCGUUUUGGAACUUGGCUCUGGGACUGGACUAGUGGCCAUUGUGACAAGUCUCCUGGGGGCCAGAGUGACCGCCACAGACCUGCCAGAGGUCAUGGGGAACCUCCGAGCCAACGUGAUGCGGAACACCAGGGGAAAGACGAGACACUUACCCCAGAUCUGGCCUCUAUGCUGGGGCUUCGAUGUGGGGCUGAUCUACCCCACGUCCCGGUACAAGUUUGAUUACGUGGUGGCCGCUGACGUGGUCUAUCACCAUGACUACCACGACGAGCUGUUGGCCACCAUGGUUCACUUCUGCCAUCCCAGAACCACCGUCAUCUGGGCCAAUAAGAUCCGGAUGGAGAUGGACAUAACAUUCAUGGAGAGGUUUAAAAAGGAGUUUCAUACAAGGCUGCUGGCGGAAGAUGGAGACAUGAAAAUAUUCAUGGGGAAAUGUAAAAUGUGA